GGUCAUUGACACUUGGUAUUGGCAACACAGGGCUGACGGGCACCUAGGCAGGUGCAGAUCAUGUCGACGCUCCCAUUAAAGGCCAUGUCACGGUUAUGGGGCAGGUUUAACGAGCUAACCAUCCCAUAUUACCUCCGAGCACCCGGCUUCCGCCUCUAUUCCUUCAUUUUUGGUGUCAAUCUAGACGAGAUCGAGGAACCCGACCUUCGAAAGUUUCCAAACUUGGCCGCCUUUUUCUACCGCACCCUAAAGCCUGGUGCACGACCUUUAGAUCCCAACCCCAAUGCGCUUCUGUCACCAGCGGACGGGCGAGUCUUGCAGUUUGGGCAGAUCGAAGGUGGCGACAUUGAGCAAGUCAAGGGCAUGACCUACACUAUCGAUGCACUCCUAGGGCGAAGCAGUCCAAGUCCCAGCAUUUCCAAUAGUCAGAUUUCUCUUGACAAGCUGACCAAGCAAGGUGAGCGCGAACUCGAAGGUGGUGAGGAGCUCGUCAAGAAGGACGAGGAAUUCGCCCGUGUCAACGGCAUCUCAUACUCGCUCCCCGACCUCUUUUCGGGCUCCGGGAAGGAUCAAAAGGGCGGCAGUUUUGAGCGCCCCAAGGACGGAUCUGUCACACCCAACGAGACGUCCGUCUCCGAAGUUCGCGCCGAGCUCGCUCUAGGCGACAAGGCCUGGUACGAAUAUCUCACCCCUGGCAGCCCGCACAAGCUCUACUACGCCGUCAUAUACCUCGCGCCGGGCGACUAUCAUCGCUUCCACUCGCCUACCAAUUGGGUGGUCGAGCGGCGGCGCCACUUCGCCGGGGAGCUGUUUAGCGUGUCGCCCUACCUCCAGCGCACGCUUCCAGGACUCUUCACGCUCAACGAGCGCGUCGUUCUCUUGGGUCGCUGGCGCUGGGGCUUCUUCGCCUACGUCCCUGUUGGCGCCACAAAUGUGGGCUCGAUCAAAAUCAAUUUCGACAGGGAGCUGAGGACCAACAGCCUGACGACGGACACGGAGGCGGACAAGGCUGCCGAAGAGGCGGCCCGUCGCGGGGAGCCAUACCUGGGCUAUGCCGAGGCGACCUACGAGCGCGCAAGCGCUGUGCUGAGAGGCCAUGCGCUCAGGCGUGGAGAGGAGAUGGGUGGCUUCCAACUGGGUAGCACCAUUGUGCUUGUUUUUGAGGCCCCGGCAGCGGAGCACGACGACACGGGCCGCCAUACCCGCGGGUGGACAUGGAACGUGGAAAAGGGGCAGAGAGUCAAAGUCGGGCAGGCGCUGGGGUUUGUCGAUACGUGACUUUGCCGUCUCUUCUACUUGUGUCGGCCGGAUAAACCUGUACGUCGGCGAGACUAUGUACUCUGUACAGAAAGAACAGGGUUGGAUAAUGUCCAAUAUGCGAAAUACUUAAUGCCGGCUUGUUGAUCGUCUACUAAGGUGUCACCACCGGUCACCAAUCUCGGAAGCGUCUACCGAAGCGAUGCUAAGGCUAAACCGGAAACCUCCUAAACGCCCAAUAGAAUAACAAACCAUAUCCCUCGUAGACCCGCCUACGCACCAAAGAC